AUGGGAACGGUUCUUGAUUCGCACUUUCUGGCUCUCACUGCCAUUGUUACUGUGGUGUACCAGUUCAUAUUCUUCAUAAUCACCGCUCUUUUCAAAAUCGAUCAAGUCACUGAUUUUGCAGGAAGCACAAAUUUUGUUAUAAUAGCUCUCUUGACUCUUAUUCUUAAAGGCACUUGGCAUUUUCGCCAGAUUGUCUUGACUUUGCUUGUUGUGGUAUGGGGACUUCGCUUGGGAAUUUUCCUUCUAAUGAGGAUCUUGCAAUGGGGAGAAGACCGACGAUUCGAUGAAAUGCGUGGAAACUUGGUGAAACUAAUAGUUUUCUGGACUCUCCAGGCCGUGUGGGUUUGGACAGUGAGCUUACCUCUAACUAUUGUUAACGCAAGUGAUGGUGGAGGAUCUCUUAAACCCAGAGAUGUAAUCGGUUGGACAAUGUGGGUUAUCGGUUUCUUGAUUGAAGCUGCAGCUGAUCAACAGAAACUCUCUUUUAAAAACUCUCCAGAGAACAGAGGAAAAUGGUGUGACGUUGGCGUGUGGAAGUAUUCAAGACAUCCAAACUACUUUGGUGAGAUAUUACUUUGGUGGGGAAUCUUUGUGGCUGCAUCACCUGUGCUUGAAGGUUUAGAGUAUCUUGUCAUACUAGGACCACUCUUUCUCACUUUGCUACUUCUAUUCGUCAGCGGCAUACCAUUACUCGAGGCAUCGUCUGACAAGAAACAUGGCAAUUUGGGAGCUUACCGAUUCUAUAAGAAGACAACAAGUCCUCUGAUUCCGUUACCGAGAGGAGUGUAUGGGAACUUACCAGGAUGGUGCAAGGCAGUCUUUCUCUUAGAGCUUCCAUUUUACAGCAGGAAUCUCCCUGAAGAAGCUGAUGUUUCUUAGAGGAGACUCCAAGAACGACAAAGAGAAAGUAUCAACUGAAAAACUACUGAUUUGUGAACUCAAUUUGAGCUUCUGUUCUUACAAGACUCUGAUGUUGUGUAAAAGAUUGCUCGAAAAAUAUUGAUUUUAGUUGUGAAUGGUUAAAUUAUGAUUAAUUUGAUUUGAAGUUUGAACCA